CUAGAUUAUCAAAGAUGGCAAAAAACAUUGGCAUUCUUGUUUGUCUUCUUCUUGUGAUUUUGGAUGUUGCUGCUGGUAUACUAGGAAUUCAAGCUGAGGUAGAACAAAAUAAGGUUCAAGACUUAAAGGUGUGGAUCUUUGAAUGUAGAGAUCCAAGCUAUGAAGCUUUUAAGCUAGGAUUGGCUGCAACAGUACUUUUGGUUCUGGCACAAGUUAUUUCUAAUCUGCUUGCUGGUUGUAUUUGCGUCCAGUCCAAGGAAGAGCUCGAUAAGGCCUCUUCUAACAAGCAACUUGCUUUUGCUUCAUUUGUAUUCCAAUGGAUCAUUAUGGCCAUCGCAUUCUCAUUGCUGGUAGCUGGAACAUUGUCAAAUGGGAAGGCAAGAAGAUCUUGUGGCAUAUCACACCAUCGUUUCUUGUCGAUAGGAGGGAUAUUGUGCUUUAUCCAUGGACUUUUCUCAGUUUCCUACUACAUCUCUGCUACUGCCACCAUCCAGGAAGAUAAGAAGCUGAAUCAACAAGGAGGUCAUGCAUGAAUACAAAAAAAAAUUACUCUCUUCCAAUAUAUGCAGCCUUUGCUAACAGAAUUAGAUCAACUCAGUGCUCUAUAUGAGAGAAAUGAAAGCAGAAUAUAUAUGGAGAACUCAUCAUAACCGAGUCCCAUAUCUCCCUUUUAAAAAUUCCUAAUAUUUCAUGUAACAUUUCUUGAAUUUUAUGUUAUUUGUAGCUUUUUCUUGACUCUAAUGUAAUUUUAUGUUCA